CACACACACACACACACACACAUUUAUGCUGUUGUCUACUUCCUUUACUGAACACUGCAGAUAAAUGAGUCACUUCAGCUUCUACAUGUGCAGCUGAGUGGAAAAUGUGGCUGUCGAAGGUCUUCUCUGCUUUAUGUGUGAUCGCAGCGUGUGCAGCUCAGACUCCUGAGGAUGUCGUAACUGACUACGCCCCUACAACCCCUGCCUACGAGCCUCCUGUGCCUGUUCUCCAGAAGGGGGAAACCUCUUUGGACGUGUUCGCCACUGAGAAAGUGGAGUUAAAUUGCAGCGUCCCCGACAGCUCGGACUGGACCUUCAGCUGGUUCACGGCCAGCGGGGGGGGGAAAAUAGACCCCGGUCCAAAUUACUCUUUCUCAGAAGAUGGCUCGGUGCUGACUGUCACGGCUCAAAAUGAAGCAGAUUAUUACUGCGAAGGUCGGCACAAAACAAGAAAGGUUUUCACUCGCCGCAGCAACUCACUCAAACUCAGAGUUUCUGAUAUUCCCAAACCCAGGGUGAUCCCAAAACCAAACUUCAAGCCGAUGUAUCCCGGAGAGAAGAUCACCUUCACCUGCAUGCUGGAGAAGGAUUCCGGAUGGGAAUUUCUGUGGUACCAUAACAGCAAACUACAUGGAGGUUCUAGUAAAACCUUGGAGAUAACUGUCUCUCAGAUGACGAGUGGAACAUACCACUGCAAAGCCCAGAGGGGCAAGGGCGCGGUCUCCACAGCGGACAGCGAAGCUGCAUCUCUGGAGGUCUCCGAGCCUCCCACGCCAUCUCUGACGCUGCUGACUCCCUGGCCCGAUGUGUUUGAAAAUGAGGUUGUGGAAUUCAGCUGUGAAGUGAGCGACCUUGACUGGACGUACUCGUGGUACAAAAAUCAGCAGGCGCUUCAGGAGGACGACGUCCUGAGCCUGGAUGAGGACGAAGGGAGGCUCAACAUCUCUGCGGUCCGUCGGAGCGACCAGGGCCAAUACACCUGCAGAGCUCACCUGGAGUCCAGAGGAGUCACCUCAGGACCCAGCAACAGCACCGCCCUCACAGUUUAUGAAAACCUGCCCAAGUCUGCAAUUCAAAAAGAUCCUGCCUUCGAUCAGAUGUACAUCGGGGAGACAGCCAACUUCUCUUGCAAAGUCCCUGUGUCCUCUGGCUGGGAAUAUGCGUGGUACAAAGAUGAAGAUCAGUUCCCUCGCUACAGCAAAGACAUCAGCAUUUCACUUGACUCUUCUGAUGGAGGCUUUUACUCUUGCAAGGCCUACAGAGGUGAAAUAACUAAAACAGAUCACAGUGACAGAAUACCACUGACUGUUCUUGAAAUCCCCACUUCUGUGGCGACGCCUGUAACCAAGUGGCAGGAUGUGUUUCCCACGGAGAGCGUGAAGUUUCGCUGUAGGGUUGAGAGCGACUCUGGCUGGAAAUACACCUGGUACAAAGACUCCAAGCCGCUCCUGGCUGCUGAGGGCUUGUCGUUUGACUCGGACGGAGCGACUCUCACCAUCAGGUCUGCCUCAGCUCAGCAUAAAGGACGGUACGAGUGUAAAGGAAACCUGCAGAACAGGCCUGUCAUCAGCAGGUCCAGCUCCCAGCUGGCUCUCACAGUGUACGAUAAAAAGCCCAGUGUCACUGUACGGCGGGAUGCGGAGUACACGGUGAUGUAUCCUGGAGAAUCGGUGUCCUUCACCUGCCAUAUGGAUGUGAUGGGGAAUGAACCUGACUGGGAGUACAUGUGGACCAAAAACGGUGGACGUCUUGCAGAAUCAAAAAGCAAUAUCCAUACUCUUAAUCUUACUGGAACAACUAACAGUGUUUCAUAUCAAUGUGCGGCAAAAAGAGGAAACACUGAAGUUUUUACCACUGAUAAAAGUCAACCUGUAGUCUUCCAAGUCAGAGGGAAAAAACCCAAGCCUUCCAUCACUCUGCAGCCAGAUGUUGACCAGCUGUACAUUGGAGAGUCAGCGACCUUCGAAUGUAACGUUGAUCUCUUAACUGAAUGGAACUAUUACUGGCUCAAAGAUGGAAAACCUCUUCCUGCAACCAACAACAGCUUUAGAAUUGAUGCUGUCAGUCUGUCAGACAGUGGGACCUAUGAGUGCAGGGCAGAAAGAAACAAAACAGGGUUUAAAACGGAGCACAGCAACAAGCGGAAAUUAGUCAUAUCUGAGAUCCCAGUUCCAUCUUUGAGAAGCGUGACCCGGUGGUUGGACGUGUUCCGCUCUGAAAGCGUGACGCUGGGCUGUGGCAUGGAGCUCAAUAGUUCCGUCUGGACGUAUGAGUGGUACAAAGACGCAGAGAAGGUCAACGACGACAAAACCGUGUCUUUUGGCAGCGAUAGAGCGACUCUUUCCAUCGCUGUUGAUUCGGUGUCACAGAGUGGAAAUUACAGCUGCUCGGGAAAACUGAAGAGCGGGUCGGCCCGCAGGUCGGUCAGCAGCAAGGCCAGUCCUCCGCUCGCGCUACAGGUUUAUGAUGACAAACCUGUGGUCACACUGAUGCAGGAUCCCGUCCACAGUUUCAUGUACACCGACGAAUCAGUGGCCUUUAGCUGUCACGUCAAUGUUUCCUCCGGCUGGGAUUACCUGUUGUUCAAAGACGGCCGAGCUGUCGCAUCUAGAAACUCUCACAACAUCAGCAAGGUUGACGCCGCCAGUGCCGGAUCGUAUCAAUGCCAAAUCUCAAGAAAAAUGAAUAAGCCUUUCAGCAUCAUGAGUGAAGCUGUCAAGCUUCAGGUUAAGGAGCGUCCAAAGGCGAGCAUCGUCGUCCUAACCGGAUGGGCAGAAGCCUUCUCCACCGACAGCUUGGUGCUCAAAUGUAAGGUGGAAGAAAGUAACGUCGAGUGGAACUACACGUGGUACAAAGAAGAGAAAGAGAUUGAGCUGGUGACCGCUGAGAGACAUUUUGUCACGCCCCAGAAUGACCCCGAUCAGAGUGACUACAGAUGUCGUGGCAUUCGCAGCGGGAGACCGUCGUAUUCAAAACAAAGUGACUCUUAUGCGACCAAAAACCUUCUUUUGAGGAGGCGGGUGCUCCUCUCCAUCGCUGGAAUCAUCUUCUUCGGCAUCAUCGCCACCUUUCUCGGCUGUAUUUUCUUCAAAGUCUUCCGCAAACCAGUUGAAAAAGACGAGAAUCCAGAAGACGCCAACCUGUUUCUCUCCAUGGCUCAACUGAAGAACAUGACUGAUGCUCCCUGUCCUCUGGCUGAUUACAUCACUGAUGCCUCACUGAAUGCACCACCUAAAGAAGAGGAAGAAAACGGAACAAUUUGCAGUGAAACAACACCUUUGCCAAUAAGCUCGCAGGAGGAGAAUGGUGUGAUGGGAGGCGAACCGGAUAAAGAAGAAAAGAAUGGUGGCCUGCUUUCCUUUCAGCAUUGAUCUCCUGUAGAUGCUUUUAUUUUUAUCAUGUCAGAUUUGCUUAAACCUUUGCUUGAACUUAACUGCCGUUAUCUGACCUUCAACGUGUGUAAAACAUUUGGAUUCAUUUAAGUUGUACAACUGAAAAAUAUAAAAUGAUAUAACAUGUUAUAUACCCAUUGUUACUGUAUGUAAAUAUCUGUCAAGACAAAACACCUCUUGGAUUGUACAUAUUUAUAUUUCACAAUUUUUUAGAUUACUUAAGAUAUUUUUUAAAUAAAAGGCAAUGUUCGAUGUGAAACUUUAUUUAUGUAACAAGCCUAAAUUGCCAUUAUUGUUAGCCUCCAGUAACUGAUGCCUGCAGAAAAUGUACUGUUCCAGUUCUCCAGACAAACACCAGAUGUCAGCAGAUUGUCUCCGAAGCUUAUUUAAUGGUGUAAAUACUUUUGCAUCUUGUGCUCAUACAGUGUAUCCACUUGUUUCAUAUCUACAAGUUAAAACAUAUUUUUAUUCUCACUAUGAAAUUAUCAAAAUAAAAAGUAUAAAACCUUG